CGGCGCGUGGCGGGCCGAAACACCGAGAAUGAAUAUCCCGGUCUCAACCGGUUUCAACCGGUCUGUGGUUGGAAGCAUGAGCUAAGAGGACGAGCAUUAAACAUCCCUGCUGUCUCACAGUGCAUCCGCAAAUAAAACGAGACUCCUUCACUUCGUGAUUAUGACCCGGAUUACCGCUCUCAGUGUGACUCCGUAAAUUACUGCUGCUAGCUUAGCUUGACGGUUUGUUAGCCAGUAGAUCUAAUUCAUCAAUGACUUUUCCAUUAGCUUGCUAACUCGCUACUAGCCUGCUAGAACUCGGAUAUCCUCUCACUACCAAAUCUAGACAUGCUUUAUAGUAGAUGAGGGCAAGAAGAAACAUGCCGCGGUAAAUCGCUUGGUACAACGUGAAGUAUACAACGCAAAGGCGUUUAUUUGAUCUUGUUUCCGUUCGCUUUGUGUUGUAAAGGAAAGCUAACGUUAGCCUUUAGCUCACAGUGGAGUAACGUCAACGCGUGACAUGAGCUAACGGUUCUCAGUUCUCAACAUAUUCGGAGGCUUGGCACGUUUUCCCCUCAUCGCAACCUUUACUGGGAUAUUCUUACUUUGUUUCCAGAGGACGACAGCCCGCACCAGGAAGCUCUAUGCCAGCAGAAAUGACAAUGUUGGCCGAUCAUCCAGCCAGACAAUUGCUGGACUUCAAUCAGAAACUGGACAUCACUUUGCUGGACAGUGUCGUCAACUCCAUGUACCAUGACAUUGGAACACAGCAACGAGUGGCCCAGGAAGUGCUCACAAACCUGAAGGACCAUCCAGACGCCUGGACACGGGUUGACACCAUCCUGGAGUUUUCUCAGAACAUGAAGACUAAAUACUAUGCGUUGCAAAUUCUGGAAUCUGUCAUCAAGACGCGCUGGAAGAUUCUCCCCAGAAAUCAAUGUGAAGGAAUCAAGAAAUAUGUUGUUGGACUGAUUAUCAAGACUUCUUCUGAUCCUGCAAACAUGGAGAAGGAGGGUGUGUACAUUUCAAAACUCAACAUGAUCCUUGUCCAGAUCCUGAAGCAAGAGUGGCCCAAACACUGGCCCACCUUCAUCAGUGACAUUGUUGGUGCGAGUCGCACCAGCGAGAGCCUCUGCCAUAACAACAUGAUCAUCCUGAAGCUCCUCAGCGAGGAGGUCUUCGACUUCUCCAGUGGUCAGAUGACCCAAGUGAAGGCCAAGCACCUCAAAGACAGCAUGUGCAAUGAGUUCUCCCAGAUAUUCCAGCUGUGCCAGUUUGUGAUGGAGAACUCCCAGAAUGCACCGCUUGUUCAUGCCACUCUGGAGACGCUCCUGCGUUUCCUCAACUGGAUACCUUUGGGAUACAUCUUUGAGACUAAACUCAUCAGCACCCUGGUCUACAAGUUCUUGAACGUGCCCAUGUUUCGCAACGUGACACUGAAAUGUCUGACAGAGAUUGCUGGAGUGAGCGUCAACCAGUAUGAGGAGCAGUUCGUCAGCCUGUUCACCCUCACCAUGAGCCAGCUCAAACAGAUGCUGCCGUUGAACACAAACAUCAAAGUGGCCUACGCCAACGGGAAGGACGACGAGCAGAAUUUCAUUCAGAACCUGAGUUUGUUUCUGUGCACGUUCCUCAAAGAACAUGGGCAGCUCAUUGAGAAGAGGCCCAACCUGCGUGAAACGCUCAUGGAGGCCCUGCACUACAUGCUGCUGGUGUCGGAGGUGGAGGAGACGGAGAUCUUCAAGAUAUGUCUUGAAUACUGGAACCACUUGGCAGCAGAGCUCUACAGGGAGAGCCCGUUCUCCACUUCCAGCACCCCGCUGCUGUCGGAUGUUCCGCCUCGAAGACAUCUCUACCUGCCCGUCCUUUCCCAGGUGCGUUUGCUGAUGGUGAGCCGCAUGGCCAAACCAGAGGAGGUGCUGGUGGUGGAGAAUGACCAGGGGGAGGUGGUCAGAGAGUUCAUGAAGGAUACAGAUGCCAUCAACCUGUACAAGAACAUGAGGGAGACUCUUGUCUAUCUGACACAUCUGGACUAUGCGGACACUGAACGCAUCAUGACAGAGAAGCUCCACAACCAGGUGAAUGGCACGGAGUGGUCGUGGAGGAACCUGAACAUGCUGUGCUGGGCCAUCGGUUCCAUCAGCGGGGCGAUGCACGAGGAGGACGAGAAGAGGUUCCUGGUUACGGUCAUCAAGGACCUGCUCGGCCUAUGUGAGCAGAAAAGGGGUAAAGACAACAAGGCUAUAAUAGCGUCCAACAUCAUGUACAUUGUGGGACAGUAUCCUCGGUUCCUGCGAGCCCACUGGAAGUUCCUGAAGACCGUCGUCAACAAGCUGUUUGAGUUUAUGCAUGAAACCCACGAUGGUGUGCAGGACAUGGCUUGUGACACCUUCAUCAAGAUUGCACAGAAAUGUCGCCGUCAUUUUGUCCAGGUUCAGGUGGGAGAGGUGAUGCCCUUCAUCGACGAGAUACUCAACAACAUUAACACGAUCAUCUGUGACCUGCAGCCUCAGCAGGUCCACACAUUUUACGAGGCAGUCGGUUACAUGAUUGGAGCUCAGACAGACCAGGCAGUUCAAGAGCUUCUGAUAGAGAAGUAUAUGCUGCUGCCUAAUCAGGUGUGGGACAGCAUCAUCCAACAAGCUACAAAGAAUGUGGACAUCCUGAAGGAUGCAGAGACUGUGCGUCAGCUGGGGAGCAUCCUGAAAACUAACGUCAGAGCCUGUAAAGCUGUGGGUCAUCCAUUUGUGGUCCAGCUGGGUCGGAUCUACCUGGACAUGCUGAACGUCUACAAAUGUCUCAGUGAAAACAUCUCCUCAGCCGUCCAGACCAACGGUGAGAUGGUGACGAAGCAGCCUCUGAUCAGGAGCAUGAGGACGGUGAAGAGGGAGACACUGAAACUGAUAUCAGGCUGGGUCAGUCGCUCCAGCGACCCUCAGAUGGUGAAGGUGUUUGUGACGGGUCUGUUCAGCCUGAACCAGGACAUCCCAGCAUUCAAGGAACACCUGAGAGAUUUCCUUGUGCAGAUCAAGGAGUUUGCUGGUGAGGACACUACAGAUCUUUUCCUGGAGGAGAGAGAGGCGGCUCUUCGCCAAGCCCAGGAGGAGAAGCACAAGCUCCAGAUGUCUGUGCCGGGUAUCCUCAACCCCCACGAGCUGCCCGAAGAGAUGUGCGACUGAAGUGACUGCAGCAACUGUAACCUUCACCCCUAAAAUGAGAGGAUGCUUCCAUGUUUUGUUUCUAGUGCGUUGGUGUGAGAGUGGCGUAGAGAAGACAUCUUGGGGCCAUAGGAAGGACCGUGACGCUCGGUUGUACGUCGACCAAAUCAAUGUGUAUAUGUAAAUGAGAUCCGCCCUCCCUCGUGGUUUAGACCCAGCUUUUGUUUCUUUACAUUCAUUUUAUACAAAGAUUGGUUUGUUUGUGUGUAACAUGCAAUCUUUUGUUACU